AUGUUGCAGUCUUGGACUUUUCGAAAGCUUUUGACAAGGUACCCCAUCAACGACUUGAGGAAACUGUAUUAUUAUGGAAUUUCUGGAGAGUUACUUGAUUGGUUCGAGUCUUUUCUUUCACAACGUUAUCAGUCUGUUGUCUGUGAAGGCAAAACAUCUACCCCCCUACUUGUGACGUCAGGAGUUCCCCAAGGGACAGUGCUUGGCCCGCUCCUAUUUUUAUUGUACAUUAAUGACUUGUCGGACAACUUGCAGUCAACUGUGAAACUUUUUGCUGAUGAUGCCUUAUUAUAUGGUGUCAUUACGAGUGAUUCAGAUUGUGACCGCCUACAGGAUGAUCUACAUAAGCUAGAACAGUGGCAAAAUCUAUGGCAGAUGGAAUUCAACCCCUCAAAAUGCAAAAUCUUAUGCAUUUCCAAUAAAAAGCAUCCUCCCCAAAAGCGGUAUUUGUUUUGUGGAGUAGAGCUAGAUCAAGUGGAAGAAAUAUCUUACUUGGGCAUUACUUUCACUAGUAAAUUAAAAUGGAAUCACCAUGUCUCUUCGGUGGCAAGUAAAGCAACGAAAGUUCUUGGUGUGAUGCGACGUAAUCUGUGGAAUUGCCCCACGAAAGUGAGAGAAACAACAUACAAAUCCAUUGUACGACCCAAGCUAGAAUAUGCAUCAACAGCCUGGGAUCCUUACACUAACAAGGAGAAAGUGGCUUUGGAAAGAGUGCAGAGAAAAGCAGCGUGUUUCUGUUCCAAGAACUACAAUCCUAUGUAA